UUAGUACUGUAUAUAGUCCCUUUGCUCAACUUAUUAUACUUGUAGCGGCGUACACGGAGAUACGCAAAAUGGGAGGGUGUUAUUUUAAACUUGUUUUAUUCAUUUAUAUUGUUUCCAUCAACGUCUUAUCAGCGAUACUGGAAGAUGAUUUCGAUAAGACUAUUUGCCAAAGAAAAUUGUGUAUACCAAAGUGCUGCCCUAUGAAUAUGUAUGUGAAUAAAAAGAAAUGUGGCAACUAUACUGAAACGUUGUUGUUCACCGACUAUCCGGUUUUCGAUAAGAAUAUAUACAAAACUGAUAUCAACUUUACGGAUCAUUUUGCAUUGGUACCGAAUAAAUUUAAAAAUGCGACUUUCCAAAAAUUAUCAUUCAAUAUGAAUCGGCUGUACAACAUUUAUUUGUUGAAGAAUGGAAUGGUGUUCUUGGAGCUACCAAACGCUUUCGACAGAUGGACCCCGGUGCCUCCUUCCAACUACUGUUUGGACUACGUAUUGCCAAAUAAGAGAGUCAAAACACCAGAAAUUAACUUAUGGGCUAUUGUGGAAGGAGAAGAGAUGAUGAAAAGCAGCCAAUUCAUGACAAAAUUAAUGUUAAUCUCCUGCGUGUUCCUGAGCUUGGUUCUUCUUGUCUAUGGUUUACUGCCCGAACUUCGCAAUCUGUGCGGCCUGGUUCUGAUGGCGUAUGUUGCAAGUCUGCUGAUGGCCUUUAUAGGCCUGGCAGUCAUACAGAUGUAUGAAGAUUUAUCCAUACUGGGCUGUCUCUGUUUGACUCUCAUGGUGUAUUACUUUUUUAUGGCGAGUUUUUGCUGGAUGAAUAUUAUGUCUUAUGAUAUUUGGUGGACGUUCAGAGGGUAUGCCAAGGCCAGACCGAUCCAUCGUCGUGGGGAGUGGUUUAAGUUUUGCAUGUACAGUUUCUAUGGUUGGGGUGUACCUCUUGGACUCAUCAUUUUUGCUGGAGUUGUAAACGAGACGAACCUCAAACAUAUCCCUUGGUUCAUCACCCCCCAGAUACCUGAUAAAGGGUGCUUCCUUGAAGGAGGUCAGAAACUGGUGUAUAUGUAUAUCCCGAUGCUGAUCAUGAGCGCUUUCAACUGGAUAUUCUAUUUGAUGACGGCAUACAAUGUUUGGAGGCUCAGCCGUGGGACAGCUGUCUUGGAUUCAGCUGCUGCUGGCACUCCAGCAGCUCACCGCAGUCAGUGGCACAGGUUUAUGGUAUACCUGAAACUCUCCAUCCUGAUGGGCCUGAGCUGGGUACUGGAGGUGAUUAGCUCAUUCAAGCCCGAGCUGAAAAUGUGGCUAGUUCCCGAUAUUUACAACCUAUUAAUUGGAGUGGUCAUAUUCCUGAUUUUAAUUUGCAAAAGGAAGAUAUUCCAGAAGUUGAGUAAAAAGUUCAGAGGCUGUGGGCACAGCCGAAGGUCUCCGUACUCUAAGAGCCGAUCAAGUUCUACUACUUUAUCCUAUAUCAGCCAGGAGUCCUCCAGUCCACAAGUGUGCAUCAACCCUAAAGGAUUUGUCUAAUUUGCACCUUACCUGUAUUUACUUAACGUAUAUAACAUACCUAUAUUGAAUUGGUAUAACGCACCUUUGAAAUGGUGCAAUAAAAUCCGAAGAAGUUUGUUAAUACUUGGAUAUAGUGGGCGCAUUGAUAGCAAUAUCAGCCUCAACGCACCCUACCCCUAAAACUAUUAUAGUUAAGUUCAGGUUUCGUACUAUAAUUAAUUCCAUUAUCGAUAGUUAAUGGAAGUAAGUAACUGACUAUUGAUUUAUUUGUUUUAAUACUUGAUUAUGUAUCAAGAUAGCACGACAAUAGUACGACAUUAGAUUAGACUGAAGACAAUAUUGAGAAACUCCAAAACAGACCUGUUGGUCGACCCGACAAGUCAGGCGACAUAUCGUACAGUUUGUAAUGCUUUUAAUGUUUCUUUUAUGUAUGCGUUUAUUAUUAAAUUAAUUAAUUAAAUUGCGACUUUACUCACUCUAUUCACUAUACUCUAUAAUUAGUACGAAUACCAACUAGAUUUAUAGCAGGACUAUUAAUUAUAUAACUGAUGUGUCCACUUUAUUAAUAUAAUUUACAUAAAGUAGGACUAUAUGUAAUUUAAUUAAAACACAGAAUAUAUCGCCUCGACUUUAAUCCUGGAUGGGGUAGUCAAAAGAAUUGUCAGCUGUCAACGUUACGGUGAAAGCACCACUUGUCAUGCACACAUUUGCUUAAUAAUACUUGUAAUAUCUCCUUUAGCUUACUGAAUGACUUGACUCUCUGUCAUCUAAGGUUCCAGUUAUGGUUUCGUUAAAUGACAAAACAAUUAAAACAUGUUAGGAAUUCUUCGGCAUCUUUUUCUACUAAACCAAUACUGAAGCUGAGUGACUGUGGCUCUAGCUUCAUUUGAAGAGACUUUAGUAGUACAGUACAAGUCUCUCCCAAAAAAAUCCACCGAGAAAUAAAAUGAAGAGUUAUUUAAUGUUGUUUAGAAGUUUCAAAGAAAUAUGCAUAGAAAUGAAUAUGAGCAGUAUGAAAAAUUCAGAAAGGCUUAUAUAUUAUUGUUUGUGCUUCAUAUCUCUAGUCGUGGUCUAUGACCUACGCCUAUGACCGUGGGGAUCGAAAGGAGUGGUGACACAUAUGCAUCUCUAUACGUACCUAUUUUAAUUUACACCAGCAGGUCCCGCUAUUACACCCGCAUGACAUUUAUAGCCAAUAUGUUAUUCUGAUGUAUAAGAUAUAUUAAUGUAGUCUAAUCAAAAUCCGUUCAGUAGUUUUCGCGUAAAAGAGUAUCUAACAAUCAUCUAUCUAUCUAUCUAUCCAUUCAUAAUUCACGGAUUUACUGCAUUUUAAUAUUACAUUCUAUUUUAUUAAGUACUUAAUUAUUUAUUACAUAUUAAGAUCAAUCAUAUUAUAAUUUAAAUAAUUUUUUUUUAAGAUGAAAAAUGUUUUAAAAUAAGUUCUUUAUAUCAAUUUAUGACAACGACGUCGUGACUACUGUGUAUUAAUUAUACAUACCGCCUUCAUUAAUAUUAUUUGUUAAAAUUAACAUAUAAGAAUUGACUAAAUUUCAACCUAAAUUUGUUGGCCACCCUGUAUGAGCACCCAGGUGAAGCCUGGGUGCUCAUAUUGUAACUUUAUCAACUUGAUUACGAAUAAAUAAGUCACAUUGAAAUACUGUACCGUUCAGAAAGUGAAUCAAAUCGGUGCAGUCAAUGAUAGUUUACUUUCCUUAAAACCAAAUACCUCUAUUUUUAUAAUAUUAGAACUUUUCUCAUAACUAAAUUCGUUACAUUUCCUUUCAUAAUAUUAUAAGAGAUAAAACAUAACUUUUAUUUUAGAUUAAGAGACUGGAAUAUAGAAUAAUUAAUUGUACGUAAAAAUAUAAUAAAUCGCUUUAAUACAAAAUUUCAAAUGCAGUGUAAUAUUAAUACUGAAUAAACAUAGAAAAAGAAACCUAAUCCAUUAAAUAUUAGGUUACUUUUUCUAUUUUUAUUUGGAAUUAAUUUUUAUUUUAUUUUAUAUUGUUAAUUGAACAAUUCAUCUGCAAUGGUAAUAUAAAGAAAUGUAUUAAUAUUCAUAAAUAAUUUUAGUUAUACGCAGUACUUAGGUACUUAAUUAAAUAUAUU